UACCGUGUCACGAUUUCACUACUCGAUCAAAGUAGUUGACGUAGGAUAUUUAUGGGAGAAAAUAAACCUUUAACAAUUGAUUAUGUACAAAGGUUAUUGUUAAUCCGUAGGUUUAUUCAGUUUUGUGUGGGUGUUUGGUUUGGAUAUUCAACUCUUCCAAAUACAGGUUGACAUAUUUAAGAUGGACUGGAUUAUUUGACACUACAAAAAAAAAAACGGAAACAGAAUGUGGUUGCUUACGGUAGGCGCGGCGACACUUAUCGUAUGUCUGUCUGUGGCCCCUGCCCUCCCUACUAUGGAAUUUGACCCCCAGGAUCCCGGUCACUUUCUCAACUUGUUCCUGAUAGAAGUGGCGGACAGUCAGACGGCCGAACGAGUGGCGAGGGACAACGGUUUUCAGUUGGACAGCCAGAUCUCGGAACUUGGCCUGUACGUGCUAAGGCACCCGGAAGUGGAGGGCCGGUCCAAGCGGAGCGCGGAGAGCCACGUGGAUAUGCUCAAACAGGACCAACGGGUGCGAUUUGUCGAGCAGCAGAAAACCCUUAAACGUGUGCGACGGACGCACAAGAUACUCCAUGAUAAGCAGCUGGAAUUCCCCAUCCGGGAAGUGAAAGACAACCAUCUCUUCUAUCGAGAACCCGACCAGUUUGACACCCGGGAUGGUCUGCUGUAUAACGACGAGUUCUUUGACGACCAAUGGUAUCUGUCCAACCACCAUCAGACAGGCGGUAAGCGGGACAUCGACCUAGACGUACUACCAGUCUGGCAGCAGGGGUUCCACGGAGAGGGCGUGGUCGUCACCACCCUGGAUGACGGCGUGGAUCACGAGCACCCGGACCUCCGCAAUAACUACGACCCGGAAGCCAGCGCUGAUUUCAAUGACAAAUCUGACAGAGGAAAUGAUCCUACUCCGGACAAAACCAACCCUGCUAACAGUCACGGGACACGGUGUGCGGGAGAGAUUGCAGCGGCAGCCGGCAAUGGAGUGUGCGGUGUUGGCGUAGCUUACGGAGCUUCUAUUGGAGGUAUUCGUCUGUUGGACGGAGCGAUCACGGACCAGCUGGAGGCUAAAGCCCUAAUCUACCACAACCAGCACAUACACAUUUACAGCGCAUCCUGGGGGCCGCACGAUGACGGCUCCACGAUGGAGGCGCCCGGAAAGGCGUGUGUGGAUGCUCUUAGGCAGGGCGUACAAAAGGGUCGGGGCGGGCUUGGAAGUCUGUUCAUCUGGGCGACCGGAAAUGGCGGUGGGUCAGGUGACAUGUGCGGGGCGGACGGCUACGUGUCGAGCAUCGAGAGCAUCUCCGUGCAGUCACUGUCGGACCAGGGCACACGGCCUUUCUUUGGAGAGAGCUGCUCGUCCACCAUGAUCUCCGUCCCUUCCGGGGGAGAGCACACCAAGACGGAGGAAAUGAAAGCCACUUACAAGAUCAAAGUGGUGACGACGGAUAUAGAUGGCGGAUGUGUGGAGAACUUUGAGGGCACAUCGAGCGCCGCGCCACUGGCUUCCGGUGUGUACGCCCUUGUUCUUCAGGCCAACCCGCGCCUCACAUGGCGGGACGUGCAGCACAUCACGGUGAAGGCGGCCCGCGUCACCACAGACGACGACGAAUGGUGGAUUAACGGUGCCAACCAUCACUUGAAUCCACAAUUUGGCUUCGGUAUGAUGGACGCGACACGCAUGGUUGACCUCGCACAGAACUGGGUCAACAUGCCGGAGCAGCAUACGUGUGUAACGGAUAAAAAAGAUGUCAGCAUCGAAAUUUCAGCAGGUGACUGUGGCACGGUCGAGUUCCAGUUUGACGGUUGUCGUGGUGACAGCGAGCGCAGCAUCACCAACUUGGAGCACGUGCAACUCACCGUGCUUGUUGAUGUCGUCAGGCGUGGUGAUGUACAAAUCUACAUCACGUCUCCUGCAGGAACUAGGUCUGCUCUUCUCACCCGCCGUCCAAACGAUGGCAGCGACGAGUCGAUCGAUUUCACGUUCAUGACUGUUCACAGCUGGAUGGAAGACCCUGACGGCAAUUGGAGCGUCGAGGUCUGCUACAAACCCGAUGAUGAUAAGGAAAAAGAACCAAGGAAUAUCAAGUUUAAGAGAUGGCAGAUGACAGCCUAUGGUUACCAUGACAACGACAAACGUAAGUCUGUCUCCCAAAAAGCCAGGAAGCCUAGUAAAGAAGAACUGCAGAAAAUUAUGAAUCGAGAAUUCAGGGAAUCCAGGUCUGUCAGCUUGAGAAGUGUCGAUCAAGGUCAAGGUCGCGAUAGCAAGGUCGAAGGUCAAGUUCAUUCAAAAAUCGAUGAGGAGAAAAUAAAACGAGUUUUCAAUGGUGAUAGUGAUUCAAUACUCAGUGUAAUUACAGAGUUUCUACAGGGUAAAUAUAUUGAAGAGAAACAAAAACUGAAUAACUUUGAUAACAGGGCUAUUGAUCUUAAGGGUAAUGAUAAUGACUACCGUGAUAUGAAUGGACGUAUGGAGGAUAAUAUAAAAAGAGAAAUAUUAGAAGUUUUAUUGAAGAAUAAGCUGGGUGAUAUGACCAAUAGGGAAUUAGAAGAGGAGGCUACAGAGAUUGAAAAAGAAGCUAAAAUGGUUGACCUAAUUGAGGAAAUAGAGAAAUAUUUAAAAAAGAAAUAAGUUACCAAUGUGUUUAUUUAAGAUAAAUACAAUGGCCAGGUCUCAAACAGAAUCUCAGUCAUGGUUUGAUGAAAAUAUGUAUAAACCAUGCUCAAAUAAUCAUUUGUGCUUCCCACUUAUGUCAAGCAUCUACAAUCUUCUUAAUAAUUCCCUGCUUAAAUACUUUAAGUUCAAUUCAUUUUACUUCAAUUCAUUUCAAUUUGAUGACAACUUUAUUGCCUUGAUUAUAGGAGAAGAGAAUUUAUUGACAUAAAGAUAUCUCAAAUUUGAUAGCCCCCCCCCCCCCCCCCCCGACAACACCAAUAGAUAAAUAUUUUUUGAUAAAAAAAAACUGUUUUUGUAUAUUUAAAAGGUGAUGGGUUUUUGUAUUCUGUAUAGUUUAUUUGUUUUGUUCACCAGCUUAACGUUAUUAAUUCUCACGAUAACUGAUAUUAUGACUUGCUUUUAUACUUUUAUACAUUUUGAGCAUUUUUUCUUACCGUAUGUUUCAAACUGCAUGGCUAUACUUAAAGGAACUUGCUCACGUUUUAUAAGGUUCAACAUCGAAAUAUUUAUGGUGUGUGAAAAGUGAACACAAUUUUUGUUUAAAUGAUAUAAGAACAUCAAAAAUUCAAAAUAGAACUAGUGUUAAUUAUUUCCUUAAAAGUUGACAGAAAUAUGUUUUACUUCUUUGUGAAAAUCACUUAAUUUUGAGAUCCAUUUAUAUGUGCAUUGUUAGCAUAACUUACUGUAACUACUUUAUGCUGGUUUUGACAUCCUUUUAUAUGUGUAUUGUUAGCAGAACUUACUGUAGCUGCCUUAUGCUGGUUUUGAAUUCCACUGAUGUGUGUAUUGUUAGUAUAACUCACUGAAACUAUCUUAUGCUGGUUUUGAAAUCCAUCUUUAUGUGUGCAUUGUUAGCAUAACUAACUGUAAUUGCCUGAUUCUGGUUUUGAAAUCCAUCUUUAUGUGUGCAUUGUUAGCAUAACUAACUGUAAUUGCCUGAUUCUGGUUUUGAAAUCCAUCUUUAUGUGUGCAUUGUUAGCAUAACUAACUGUAAUUGCCUGAUUCUGGUUUUGAAAUCCAUUUAUGUGUUUUGUUAGGAUAACUUACCAUAACUGCCUGAUGCUGGUUUUGAAAUCCAUUUAUGUGCUUACUCUUAGGCCUAAAAAUAAUUGCCAGUUUACGGUUGUUGGCUAAAUAUACCUAAACAUAGUUGGUAUACUUUUUGAUAUCCAUUUAUUUGUUUACUGUUUGCUAAUUGUACCUUUACAUGAAUGGUUUACUUUUUGGAAUCCAUUUAUUUGUUUACUGUUUGCAAAAUGUACCAUAACAUUAAUGGUAUACUUUUGAAGUGUAUUUUUUGGUUUACUGUUGGCAAAAUGUACCUUAACAUCUUUGGUAUGAUUUUUGUAAUUCAUUAACUUGUUUACUGUUGGCUAACUGUACUGUUACAUUUUCUAUGUCAUUUGUUUUCCUUUUGACAUCCAUUAUAUAUUUCCUGUUGGAAGAAAUACAUUAACAAUCUUAUUUCAUUGGUAUAUUCUUUCAAAUGUAUUAUGUUUAUUGUAAGUAUAAAAACACAGACGCUGCCUUGUCAUCAGAAUACUUUUCUUUUUUACCUGUUAACUGUAAGCAUAAUUACUGUUAGCAUAAUUCACCUUAACAAUUUAUUCCACUGCCGCCAAUUGCAUAACAUCAGUUAAGUUUUUGAUGUGCUCAUAGUUAUCCAAAAUGUUUAUUGAUUGGUCAAUAUUUAUCCAAUGAUAACUACUAACCAAUGAAAUUGUUUUAUUGAGUCAACCAGCAAAGCUAUAACCUGUGGACAUAUAUCAAAGUUUUAUACAAUUGGCUGCUGUCGGCUUAAGUAGUUUAAGUCUUCCAUUGUUAGCUUGUCUGUUUUCCAAAGAAAAGUCUAGGUAUUGUCAUGGCAUUGGUAUCAUCGUCUGAUUGCUGAAAUGUAAGCCUAAGUCAUAACUAAAGAUGCAUUCGAGAUAUUCGAAUGAAACAUGGUACAUGUACAUAUGUUUCCAGGGAAAGUACAUGCAUGCACAGCAAGCUCAAAACUCUAGCUUCGAUAAGUGGUGAUUUAUUCCCCUUUUUUCAAAUGAAACACAACAGUCAAGCGUUGGUAGUUGCUCUGCGGCACUAUUGCUAUUCCUAUUGAACAAUAUUGUUAACAUGUAUUUUGUUCGUUGAGCCAUUGUCUAUUUAGAAAUAGCAGAAUUCUUUUUCGAAAUACUGUUUUAUACAUUUGUUAUUCUUUUGUUAUGUUUCUAAGUCUAUUGCAAUUUCUAUUAAACUUUUUAUUCUUCA